UGAGAUACAUGUAGAACUACUCAGCUCUGUUUCUUUGCUCAGUAAUCAUACAACAGGCUAUAUGAGAUUAUAAAAAUAUAGAUCAAUUGGCAGACUGUGCAGCUAGAAGUGAAAUUCGAACGCUCUGCCACGUGCUCGGCAAUGGAAGAAGUCUGCUACACAUGGCAGAGCUAGGUCAGUGAAAGUUAAAACAGAUCGGGCAAGAUCUCGAGUUAACUGUGCGUCAUUCUGUAACUAGGUCGAAAAGAAAGCCACACAUACCAGCGAAUACAGACGCCACAGUCCAGUGUGAAAGAUAUUGGUCUGAGGAGCCAUGUCUUUGUCCAAGAUCCUAACAAAAGAUUUCCUAACGUGCAGCAUAUGCCAUGAAAAGUUCAAAGAUCCCAAGGUCCUCUGAUAUUUGCAUACGUUUUGCCAGCAAUGCCUCCAAGAAAAUUUGUGACUCAACAUCCCGACCCUGCCUGCAGCCUUGACCCAGAUUAUCACCAACAACAUGGAGGAUUGCGUUAACAAUAUCAACAGUUGCCUUGGAGAUGUGGUUCCUGACGUGAGUGGAAAACUGGUGACAUCAUUCAAAGUAGAAUUGGCCGAGACGCCAGAGGAGAUAAUCAUGCAUGUGACCACUGAUACAAAUGGUGAUAUCCUUACUGGUGUUUGGUGUAAUGAGGACAGGUCACGGAACAGAAUCCACAUCUACGAUACCAACUUAGAUCUACAGGGCACAAUUACAAACCCAAGAGCAGCAGAAAAGGAGGCGUUUGUUGGGAUUGCCAUUGAUGAUGACAGUAACAUUGUCACUAGAUGUCUGGUGUCAGAUGAAAUUAUUGUCUACACCAAGACAGGGAACCACGUGAAAACAUUCCACAGUGAGUCACCAGAAGCAGUAGCGGUCAACAGCAAGGGUCAGUAUGUGGUGGCUGGUAGUAAUACUCUGACUGUGCACCACAAGGAUGGUAUGGUUCUGCAGACGACACAAGACCCAGAGGUUAAAUUUCAAAAAUACAUUCACUGUAACGUUAAUGAUGACAUCAUAGUUUCAGAUCCAGGAGAUGAUCACAUCCGUGUAUACGAUUCCACUCUCCAGCUUAAAUACAGAUAUGGUACCCAGGGUGAUGGGGAUGGACAGGUGGACGCUCCAUGUGGCACAUGCUGCUUGGAUAAUGGAGACAUAAUUCUAACAGAUUUCUUCAACCAUCGUCUUCACCUGAUAACUCCAGAGGGGGUAUUCAAGAGAUUUCUUUUAAGCAGAGACAAUGGACUAUUCAGGCCAAACGAUGUUGCAAUAAACCAACUCGGACAACUGGUUGUUGGGGAAGAAGGAGGCAAGAUUAAAGUUUUUCAGUUAUGACUGAUUACUGAUAUACCAAACCAACAAUGGACUACGGAUAUAUUAUGUUUGGAAAAAACGGAUAUUUUAUAACUUAGUUAUAGUUACCAGACCCUGUCUAGCUCUUGUCUCGCUUGUAUCAUGAACGUUUUGUUUCAGUUUGGAACCCUCGCCAUAUUGGGUUUAUAUAAGAACGAGAAAUGUUAGCUGUGACUAAACCGUCACAUCACAGAAAAUGAAGUAUUUGUGUGCAAUGUGUAUUGCUAUAAUGCAAACAUUUACUGUAGCCUGAUAAUAAUGAUAAGUCCUGACUGGAAAAAAAAAAAUUGAAACUAUUCUUUCACAUAUAGAAUAGGAAUUUAUUGUUAUGUAAUACAAACAUGUAUUGUUUCUUGAUUAUCCUGGAAAACCUUCACUGAAAAAUAUUUCUAUUGAAACUGUUAUUCUCAGAAAAGAAAACCUUUGGCAGAGUAAUUUGAUUGAGAAUAUGAUAAUGUUUAUUUUGUUUCAGUUUUAUAUAUGUUCCCAGUAAAAUUACCAAUUUUAAUUAUAUAGAUACAAUAUAAAGUCAUUUGUUAUAAACUAUAUGAGUGGAAAAAUUAGGUAGUGCUCUGCAUUUUUCUUUGUUGCAUUGAUUUCUCAGAAAAUUUAUUAUAGCUUAUAAAACUUAUGUAUGAAAAUAGUUCAAUAUAAUAAUAUUAAUUUUUGAAAAACUUUGCAAACAAAAGAUUGAGGUUGUGCAGAUACAUGAGAUCAAAUAAAAAUGAUAAAAUACA